AUCAAAUGGUAGCUAAAUUCAUCUAUCUUGGUCAAAUAUUAGACUUCCCUAAUUCACUACAAAGUAUCGUCCUUAUCAACACUUAGUGACUCCAUACUACAAAGUAUUGUUCUUUCACCGAGAAGAUUAUUAAUUCAACCAACAUAUGAAAAAAAAUGAGAGUAAACAGAAUCCAAUUCUCCAGCACCACUCUUUCCAUGGAAUAACAACACAGUUUCGAAACUGUGACAGAUACAUAUUCUUGCGCAAAAGACUAAGAUUGUGUUAAUAUAAAUUCUUAUGUCGGCACUCAAAUCAAACGAAUUAGAUGAAAAAUGGAAGCUAGGAGACGAACCUGCAACUGGUGUGGGGUUUCAUUUCCGGGGCCGAGCCUGUAUUGCCCUGCUUGCCACCGUUACACAUCAUCCCCGAGUGAUUUUGAAGGCUACUAUCAACAUGGAGGCAGAAGAAACGAUUAUCAUGGCUAUCUUCCAUAUGGAGUUAGCAGCAACAAUUAUGCAACAGGUUACACAGCAAACGGUUGGGUUUACCAGCCAAACAAUGCUGCUAGAGUUUAUCAAGUACCAUCAUGGUCAUAUACUAAUAGAACCACAGCAUCUGGGCCUAAACGAGCUGUUCUAUGCGGAAUUACCUACAAAGGCCACCGCCAGAGCCUCGAUGGAAGUAUCAAUGAUGUGUUGUCCAUGAAAAAGCUGUUAAUGGAGAAGUUCGGGUUUCCAAGCGCCUCCAUUGUGGUGCUAACAGAGGAACAGGACUACCGCCAUAUUCCAACAAAGAAGAACAUCCGAACAGCCCUGAAUUGGCUCGUGCAAGGCUGCAAACCUGGGGACUCAUUGGUGUUCCACUACUCUGGGCAUGGAUCACAAGUGAGAGACCAUGAUGGAGAUGAGCUCGAUGGCUACGAUGAAUCCUUAUUGCCUGUUGACUAUGAAACCGAGGGCAGAAUUCUGGACGAUGAAAUUAAUGCCACCAUAGUUAGGCCACUUCCGAGAGGAGCAACACUGCAUUCCAUCAUAGACACUUGUUUCAGCGGAACCUUUCUCGACCUCCCAAAUGUUUGCAGGAUAAACAGGGAUGGAUAUUACAAAUGGGAGGAUCAAAGGGUUGCACAUUCUGCAUUCAAAGGUACCAGUGGAGGAUAUGCAAUCUGCAUCAGUGCCUGCGAUGAUCAUCAAAACUCGGGAGAUACCACGGCUUUUACGGGGAAGGCAACAGGAGCACUGACUCACAGCUUUGUACAAGCUGUGGAACAACAACCACGACUAACCUAUGGACAUCUACUCCUUGCAUUGUACAGACGUAUAAGUGCAGCUCGAGAAGAAUUAGGUCUCAGAAAUAAUUAUCCCCACUUAUCACAGGAACCUCAACUGUCAUCUUCUCACAAGUUUGAUAUUCACUCAAAGGCUUUCACAUUAUAAUCAUAGAGGCUGUCAUCUCCAAGGUUGAUUACCUGCUAAGAAUAAGAAAGCAAAGAGCAUACUUCUUCGCUAUUUCAAUUAAAACAUAUUCACUCCUCCACUUCCAUACGAAAAUCUAUGUUCAAUAAACCUUCAAGCCCACCUUGAUCGUAGCGUGUUCCAUUAUGAUGCACUAUAAUGAAGAUAUGAGAAUUGUUAACCAUCUUCUCCUAAACAUUUUCAAUAAAGGUUAAAUUCCUCGUUCACA